UGUCCUGGGGCAACCCGCGUCUCCUCCUCCAUCUCUACCGUCCUCCAUCGACAAUUGGUACUCGAGUGAUGUUUAGCGGGUCCGACAGUGGGCGUCACGGAGAGAAAGUACGAGGUACCCCAUCCCAUCAGGGUGCGCAGCUCAUCCUGACAAACGAUGAUGCAAUUGCGUGUUGGAACCCCUCACUUGUUUAAAAGGAGGCCACCUCGAAGCUCUCUCAUUCAACCUUCCCUUCUGCUGGUGAUUCUCACGAUAACUUACACUCUUCUUCUUCCACUCUUCUAAAUCAAUCCUCGUACAAAUCCAGCAAAAAUGUCUUUCGGAAGCAAGGCUAAGCUCAACACCGGCGCCGAGAUCCCCACUCUGGGAUACGGCACCUGGCAGUCCGCUCCCGGCGAAGUCUCCGUUGGUGUCUACGAGGCCCUCAAGGCCGGCUACCGCCACCUCGAUCUCGCCAAGAUCUACCAGAACCAGCCCGAGGUUGCCCAGGGUAUCAAGAAGGCCCUCGCCGAGAUCCCCGGCCUCAAGCGUGAGGACAUCUGGAUCACCUCUAAGCUGUGGAACAACAACCACAAGCCCGAGAACGUCGAGGCUGCUCUUGACGAGACCCUCAAGGAGCUCGAGCUCGACUACCUUGACCUCUACCUCAUCCACUGGCCCGUUGCCUUCAAGAAGGAUGGCGACAAGCUCUUCCCCCUCGCCGCCGAGGGUGAGGUCGACCUCGACCAGAGCGUCUCCCUGGUCGACACCUGGAAGGCCUUGAUCGACCUUCCCAAGUCCAAGGUCAAGAACAUUGGUGUCUCCAACUUCACCGUCGAGGACCUCCAGACCGUCAUCGACGCCACUGGUGUCACCCCCGCCGUCAACCAGAUCGAGCGCCACCCCCUCCUCCAGCAGAACGACACCUUGAUCAAGUACGCCAAGGAGAAGAACAUUCACAUCACCGCCUACUCUGCCUUUGGUAACAACGGCUUCGGUCUUCCCCUCCUCAUCGAGAACGACGUUGUCAAGAAGAUCGCCACCAAGCUCAACGCCACCCCCGCCCAGGUUGUCCUCGCCUGGUCCCAGGUCGGCGGCCACUCCGUCAUCCCCAAGUCCGUCACUCCCAGCCGUAUCCAGUCCAACUUCCAGGAGGUCAAGAUCUCGGACGAGGACGUUGCCGCCAUCAACGAGAUUGGCAAGGAGCCCCGCCGCUACAACAUCCCCUUCACCUACAAGCCCCGCUGGAACAUCAACAUCUGGGACGAGAAGGAGGAGAAGGAGGCCUCCAACAAGGUCGUUCGCAAGCUUUAAGUCUGUGUGCUGUUGAUAAAGGAAAGAAAAAACUACCGCGUUCCUAGUUUAUGAUACCAUGCGGGCCUUAUAUAGAAAAAGCCGUAGACGGCCAUAGAUGGACGACUCUAUGAAUAAUGAAAACAAAUAAGAACACUGCC